AUGAUAGAUCCCGCGACCGGCCGUACUCUCCCGGAAUCCGAUACCUCCUACCAGCGCAUCCUCUUCGUGACCCCCACCCUGCAUGUCUAUGGCAUACCACCUCUGAGCUCCAAUCGCGGCUUCAGCGCCGGCACAUGGACAUCUCCCACCCAGCCCACCGCGCAAGAGAUCUUCACAGGACGGCUACGAAUUGUCGAAACAACAGCAGAGACCGGCAUCAAGGUAGACAUCGUCAUUGAGGACCCAAACACCGGCGACCUCUUCGCAGCAGCACCGUAUACAAGUCAAGCAGUGGUACAGCAAGCCAAUGAUAGUUCUCGGUUCUUCGCUGUGAGAGUGCAAGGCGAGGGAGGCAUGAAAGCUACGCUAGGCAUUGGUUUCGAAGACAGAAGCCCUGCCUUCGACUUCAGCAUUGCCCUGACUGAAGCGAGGAAAGUAUUGGGCUUUGAAGCCGCAAGCAGUACUGGCACGAAGGGGGGGGCGAUGCUGGAACAGGAAAAUAAACAAGACUUCAGCUUGAAGGAGGGCGAGAAGAUUCAUAUACAGGUCGGCUCGAAAGGCCGGCGAGCGGUUCCUACUAAUACUGGGCCGGCAUCGAGCGAUAGCUCGGCGCUAUUUUCUAUCGCACCUCCGCCGGCAGGAGGCAAAUCGGACGAAGCUUUGCCAGCAGUUGCGCCGCCUCCUCAAAGUGCUGGUGGUAGGUCGGCGCAGGAGCUUGGGUUCGACGAUGGAGAGUUUGGCGAGUUUCAGUGA